AUGACUCUGGCGGUCACAUUCUCAAGUACUUCUCUUCUGCCCGCGACCUCCGCGAUCGCAACCGAUUUCUCGACUUCUAAGGAGAUUCUUAAUGUCAUCAACGCCGGCGUUUUAAUUGCAAUGGGCCUUUCGUCGUUUAUCUGGGGCCCUGUCACAAGUGUCUUCGGGCGCAGAGCUGCGUAUAACGCGGCUAUUAUUGUUCUGUGUGGUUGUUCAGCUGGAACGGCAGCUUCGAUCGAUUUGAAUAUGUUUAUUGCAAUGCGUUUGCUGAGUGGCUUCACGGGGACUUUCUUUAUGGUUGCAGGGCAGACUAUUAUUGCGGAUAUCUUUAAGCCAACUGUGCGUGGUACUGCGGUUGGAUUCAUGAUGGUGGGUUCUGUCAGUGGACCGGCUAUUGGCCCUUGCAUUGGUGGAAUCAUCGUCACAUUUGCCCAAUGGCGCAUCAUCUACUGGCUGCAGUUUGGCAUGACUGCCCUCGGCCUAGCACUUUCUUUCUUUUUCCUGCCAACAAUCAACAACAAAAAAGAAGUGGAAACAGCAACUCAAACUCGCUCGAUCCGGUCGGUCUUGAGCAUGUUCAACCCUCUUCGCAUUUUCCGGCCCUUAAUCUAUCCAAACAUUUUCCUCUGCCUAACGAGAGCAGCAUUUAACCUGCGGUCUUCUCGCAACAUUCCAAUAUGCAAUCCUCACGUCCGCCAGCUCAAUAUUCAACCCGCGCUUCAACCUGACCACUCCCCUAGUCAGUGGUCUAUUCUACCUUUCCCCAGAAUGGGCUUCCUCAUCGGAAGUGUUUUGGGCGGUAAACUUUCAGACCGUGCGGUGAAAAAAUGGAUUAUCAGACGACAUGGUGUGCGUCUUCCUCAAGAUCGCCUAAACAGCGGGCUUAUCACUCUAUUUGUUGUGCUCCCUGGCGCAACUUUGAUCUAUGCAUGGACACUUGAGGAAGAAGUGGGUGGUAUGCCUGUUCCGGUUAUCGCUGCUUUCUUCGCUGGUAUAGGGUUGUUAGGCACGUUCAAUGGGUUGAACACAUAUUCAGCCGAGGUGAUGCCGCAUAUCCGUUCCGAGGUGGUCAGCGGCAAAUACCUUGUUCAGUAUAUCUUUGCUGCUGCGGCGACUGCUGCUGUGGAGCCAUUGAUCAACUCGAUUGGCGUUGGUUGGACAUUUACGAUUUGUGUUUUCUUCGCCUUGACUGGUGGUGUCUUUGUCUUCAUGAUUAACAUUAGUCAUAAAGAGAUCGAUAUGACUGGUGUAGCCGUGCACCAAAUUCUGGUUGGUCAAAACGCCGACGGCGAUGCAACAUUCGGCCGACUUCGCCGAGCACUCGGCAAGACGUUACGACCGCCGAGCGCUUCUCGAAGGUCUUCAGUUUCCAAAUCUCCCCUCACUUCACAACUGACCAAUCCAGACAAAUGCAGUGACCGUGACACCAUGACACGAGGUAUAGGGCUGAAGCGUUGUUCUAUUUUCUCCGACGACGAAAGCGAUCGGCAACAAAGGAGGAAGUUCGUCGCCAAGUGUCGGUCCGUAGGAUGCGCUGAUGAGUGCGCUUAUGCCCUGAGGGACCGCCAGGUCAAGGUUAGCGAAAAAUAUCUCGAUCAACUACUUGCAGAGAAUCGGCGCUUGAAGGAUCAGUCGGUCGCCUCGGCCGACGCGGCCGAAGCCAUGGAACCUGCAAAUACAGAACGGCAUGUCAACAUCCUCACAUUGAGAAAAUUAGGGACUAACAAGACGUACAGAGGUCUAUCCCGUGCAGAUGCACCAGAUGUAACAAGCAUCCAAAAUCCAAUCAUCGGUGAUCGAGCCUGGUUUCAUCGCUACGAUGCAUCCUCGCCGCCAAUCUACAUCGGCGAAGCAGCUUGCUCGGCCUUUGCAACACGAUUCCGGCGCUUUCUCACUGGGAAUAAUUCCACGGCUCAUAUCACUCGAACGCAAUGGGAGCGUGAAGAAACUAUAGCUGCGGCAGCCAAUGAAGCCGAUGCUCAGUGGCCUAGCCUGCACCAUGCACGCCUACUGGUGCGCAUUGCCAUCCACCAGAUCGGAUACUUGUACCACCUCAUGAUGCGAAAAUCAACACUCGAAAAACUUGAAGAAAUAUACCAAAAUGAAGCCUUUGACUGCACAGCCAAUAAAUGCAAAUUCUUCGCCCUCUUCGCCUUCGGACAAGCAUACUCCAUUCGCUCCGAACCAAGGUCCGGAUCCCGCGUGCCAGGAACCGCAUACUUCGCUCGAGCAAUGAGCCUAGUCCAAUUCCUUCCCGAGCGAACAAGCAUAACCCACCUAGAAACUCUCCUCCUCCUAUCCCUCUUCUCUUACUACCUCAACCGGCGCCACUCAGCCUACGUCCUCAUCAGCAACGCAAUGCGCAUGGGCCUAACAAUAGGUCUAAACCACAACAUCCCAGAAAGCCAACUCAUCGACCCCAUCGAACGCCAACACCGAAUAGAAAUCUGGUGGACAAUCUACAUCUUCGACCGAAUGUGGGGCUCAAAAAUGGGCCUGCCCAUGCAAAUCCUAGACGAAGACAUUCACGUCGACAUGCCAAAAACCAUAUCUCCAACGUGGCGCCACGACGAAGAACUCUCUGAUACAGCGUACAUGACCGCCAACAUCAAACUAGCCCGCAUAGUCGGCGAAACAAUCACAAAACUCUACAGCCGGCGCAAAUACCAAGAAACAUUCCUCCAGCGCGUGCAGAAACUUCUCAAGUCAUUAAAGAACUGGGUCGAAACAUUACCCGAAAGUCUCCGUCUGAACAUGGAAGAUCUGGAAUCCUCCAAGAAACCAAUCGUCUCUCUACAUAUGGCAUUUAAUCAAUGCGUCAUCCUAACAACAAGACCAACCCUUCUCCACCUCCUCAUCACGCUUCGCAAAGACCCGAAGAAUGUAAGCGUAUCCAAGGACUCGGUCUCGAAACCGGUCCUCACGCUAAGCGAAGCUUGUAUUCACGCAGCGAGACAUUCCCAUAGUAUGAUCCUCACGCGCUGGAUCAACGGUACAAUGCCUACAUUCGGCUACUUCCACGCCCAUUACCUCUUUUCAUCGGCGCUUAUACUCGCAAUGUCUUCGUUUGUGCCGAUUGGCAAUGCAUCCGACAUGUCCGGGUUUGACUCUGCUUUGGACCUCCUGCGCUCGAUGACGGAAAAUGGAAAUCUCGCUGCGGCGGAAUUUUAUCAUAAUCUUGAGCAGGUCAAGGUGUGUUUGGAUGCGUAUCGGGAUGUGAGAAGCAAGGGGAAUGAAGUUUCUAUUCAGCCUGUGACUUCAGUGCCAGUACCGGUGUCUGGGUCCGGGCUGGGGUCGACGUUGCCGGUGCAGGGGAUAUUGCCGGUUAUGCCGGAGAGUCGUGAUGUGAUGGGCGGGGGUGGACAGGGCAUGGAGUAUGCGGUGCAGAAGGAGACGAUGGUUGGGUAUACGACUGAGAUGGCCUUCUUGGAGCCUACGAUGCAGGAUUUUCUUGCGCAGUCGGAUAUUGAUCUUGGGCUGUUGCAUCCUGUUGAUACGUUUCUGAACGAGGCGGAGAAUCUUUAUACGUGUCAUGAAUUGUAG